AUGGGAAAGAAUAGUUCUAUUGUUAUUCCUAUGGAUGGAUUUCAUUAUUCCAAAAAAGAAUUAACCAAUUUUUUGCUCCGUCUUCCAAUUAAUGAAGAUCUAACUAUCAAUGCACCAUCAUUUGAUCAUUCAAAGGGUGAUCCCGAACCAGAUGACAUAAAGGUUUUACCCAGUCAUAAAAUCAUAAUUAUCGAAGGUCUUUAUCUUCACUUAAAAACACCACCAAUGUGGAACCCAAUUGCAUCACAUAUGGAUGACACGUGGUUCAUUCAUGUGGAUCAAGAAAUUGCCAAAGAAAGAAUCAUUAAGAGACAUAUCAAAACCCCUGAAAAUGAGGAACAAGCAAUUUUUAGGAUUGAAAAUAAUGAUAUGAUCAAUGCAGAUUAUAUUUUAAAAAAUAGUUCACCUCCCACUAGAAUUAUAUAUAGUAUUGAUGAUGAAUCAAAUAUGAAAACAUGA